AUGUAUCAAAUUCCGCAGUCAUUUCAACGUUUUUUGAGCAAAAAGUCGAGUAAUCGGACUGAUGGGACUAUUUUGCGGUGGAGGGAGGCUUUGAAGAAGGCCUCCAAGUCUUAUCAAAGUGACCCUGUCAAUUUGUACCGACGCUACCGACCAUAUUUGGCUACCCUGCUUUCCGAGAUUGCCGAAAACAGUCUAUCACUAACUGACUUUCCAAGCUCUUUGCAAUAUAACCCGUUUUUUGGAAAGGAUGUGAAGAAGGGAGCCCAAACUAAAGGGGGUUACUCAAAAGUUGUCGUAUUUAUUGUUGGAGGAGUCACCUAUGCUGAGGCUGGAGUCCUGGAAUCAGAAAAUUGGCCUUUUCAGGUUAUUUUGGGAGGAACUCGAAUUCACAAUUUUGACACGAAAAUCUUCUCGCUCGUAACACUGGAACGUAUUAAGGACCCUGUUAAUGAAUAUCUGUCGGCUAGCCAAAGUGGAUUCAGGCCUGGGCGAUCAACUGCAGAUGUAGUAUGGGGACAUAGAUGGAUCUGUGCCAUAUCUCAGAAAUUUAAAAUGGCGACCACAAUAUUGGGCAUUGAUAUGAGCAGGGCAUUUGAUACAAUCCGCAGAGACAAGCUAAUGGAGAUCCUCAAAACUAUUCUUGACAAUGACUCGAUCAGAAUGGUUCGAGCACUACUUAUAGACACCGAGUUAACGGUGAAGAUCGGACCCGUACAAUCAAGAUCUUUCAAAACAAGCAUUGGAACGCCCCAAGGUGAUUCAAUAUCACCUGUACUAUUCAUUGUCUAUCUUGAAGCGGCACUAAGAGAUCUGAGAAAACUAGUGAAGUCUACUUCAAUAACUGAAGUGAUAUAUGCCGACGAUUCGACUCUCGAAGAACUGCUGAACAUUGCUCCUCAGGCACUGGAAAAAUGGUUCUUAAAAGUGAACAUAGAAAAAACCGAAUAUGUAACAAUCAACCGGGAGGCAAAUAGAACAGACGAAAAAUGGCGAAACUCGAAAAAAGUUGGAACUCUUUUAGGAGAUAGUGAAGACAUUAUGAGGAGAAAGAUGCUAUCGACUGUUGCACUUAACAAACUGCGGACCACUUGGCUACGAAACCGCGAGGUUGGAACGGCCUUACGUGCCAAAUUAUACAAUGCUUUUAUUAAACCCAUACUUUUGUACAACGGAGGAACAUGGGGAAUAUCUGAGUCUGAAUCAAAAUCUCUUGAUGCAUUCCAUAGAAGACAGUUAAGAAUUCUUAUUGGCAUCAACUGGCCAAAGAAAAUCAAGAACUCCACCCUAUACAAUAUCUGCAACAGCAGACCCGUCAGUGUGGACAUUACCGAAGCACGUUGGCGCCUAUUGGGCCACAUUCUAAGACUCGACCAGGAUGUUUAUGCUAACUGGGCAAUGGAAUCAUAUUACGCAAAGGACGAAAGAUCUGCGUCCCGAGGACGCCCACGAAAUACAUUACCUAUUGUAAUCUCAAAAGAACUACAACGCGUUAAAAGACAACUGAAAAAUGGAGACGACCUAGAUACUCUCAGGAGUAUAGCAUACAACCGCACAUCAUGGAAAAUUAUGACCGAAAAGAUAGUCUCAUAUGUGGCACAUGUGGGAACUUAA